UAAUUUGUUCAGUUUUUUCAUGUUUAUCUAAUUAUCUUUGAAGUUAAGAGAAGUGAAGAUAUAACUUUGAUUUGGAUUCUCUCCCCCGUUUAUGUAGUUUUGCAUUAAUAAAAGUUGCCAUUUGGUUGGCUUAAUUUAGCAAGAUUUAUUUAAUGUGGAAAUAGAAUUUUAUUUGAGAUUGUAUAAAAUUAUUUUCUGCUUCAUUUUAUGUAGUUUUAGAUUUUUAUUUUUAAUUUUCUAUUUUUCUGAGAGCUGUGUGAAUCUACCUGGGCUAUUGCUAUUGUAUAAAUUUCUGAGCUUCGUGCAUAAGUUGUCAGAAAUCAACAUGCUGAUGUAGAAACGAACUUGAGCUAGAAAUCAUUUGCAAUCUGUGAAAUCUUGAAACUGCCCUGGAUAAUGAUAUUCGGUGAGGAUAUUGAAGGACUGCCAUCGUGGAGACUCUUCUCAUCGUGGAGACUCUUCAUAAGAAUGACAACCAACUUGAAACUUCAAUGAAUGGUUGUCUCAUAGGAUCAAUUGCACGGAAGAAAGGUCAAUGUUAAGUGGUAUGCCUUUAGCUUGCUUACAGACAAGAAUCUAGAAGUGACGAGUGUGUGUUUAUUCUUAAAGUUUUCUUCACUGUUUGAGUUGGAAGAUGGAAAACACAAAUACCCAUUUGGGGAAAGAUGAUCAGAACGAUGAAGUGCCAGUGGAAUGUGCGGGUGAAAAUCGAGAAUCAGCCAAUGAAAAUCUUUUGUCCAAAACAUGUAUAAGAAAGAUAGAGCCAGGGCACACACUGUUGUUAAAUGUUAGGCGAUCACCAACUAGUGAAAAUUGCAGUGAGAAGUUGUUCCUUCAAAAUGUUAAUGGUAUACAUAGUAAAAUUCCAAUGCACAUAUUAAGCUUUGAUGAGAAAUAUGUUCUUCGUUGCCUUGAAAUAAUACGCACAUAUGCCUUGAGAGCAGCAGCACAGAGUUUCGCUUCAAAAAUGGAAAUUUUGUCAGAUGCCAACGGAAGUUCAUAUAAAAUAGCUAGAUUAGGCAAUCAAUUUCCUUUGGUUGCAGAAACUGAAAGUAUCGUAGUAAGCCCUGCUAGUGACUGGAUUAUGAGCCGGGUGACUGGUAGCAAGAGUGUGAUGAACAUAUUGAAGAGCCCAUUACUUCACCAGUUUGGCACCUUCGACAGUGAUGUCAGUUUUGGAAGAAGAAUACCUGAUGUCAGUAGAGAAGUUUGUUCCUAUUCUGUGAAUUCUAGCUGUUCAGAGCAUAAGGUACGAAAGGAGGUUACUGUUCUUGAUCAUGGAUAUGGAUCUGUGCGUGCACAUAAAAGGCAUAUAUCCGUAUCAAGCACAAACUCUACUUGUUCUGAACAGACGUCUUCUUCUGUAUCUUCUGGAAUGUAUCAAGGAAUGCUGCAAAUUAUAUGGAAGGAUGGGUUGCCACACCAUGUUUUCUCCAUAGAUGAGAAGGAAGUCUAUAUAGCCAAUUUGUCAAAGGCCGAGUCACCAGAAGAUAGGGUUUUGGAUUAUGUUUACACAUUUCAUUCAAGUAAAAAUGGACACAAAGAACGUGAUAUUUGUAAACAUGGGUUAGAAUUUGUUGGGAAGAUGCGAGUCUCUACUUCAAUCACAUUAUGUUCAAACAACUCGAAAAUGCGGGAAACUCAUUUUGUUUUAUCUGGUUUCAAUGGCAAUCCCAUAGGAGAGAUGCAGGCCUCAAGUAGUGCCCUGAGGAAGAAUAAGAGAUUGACAAGGAAGUUAGUGAAUGCUUUCAGGUCAAAGCAGAGAUCGUCUUCCAAAUUUGGGGGGACAAGUGCCAUUUUUGAAGAGACUUCUUGGGACCCACCCCGAGAUAUGAAAAACAGUCUCGACCCAGAUGAUGGCAGUGCAGAAAAUCAAUAUGUUGCAAAUCUUGAGUUGGCUGCCAUUGUUGUGAAAGACCAUGUUUGCAACAAUCGUAAGGAGGCAGGAGUUGGAGGAUGGGGAUUGAAGUUUCUAAAAAAAACUAGAAAUAAUCCAUUAUUAGAGACCUCAAUACCUUCUGAAUUUUGUCCGCGAAACAGUGGCGAAUGCUCAACAAGCACGAACAUUCUCGUACCAGCAGGUUUUCACGGGGGACCAAGAACUAGAAUCGGUGGUCCUUCAACUCUUAUUGAUAGGUGGAUCUCUGGUGGGCAUUGUGACUGUGGGGGCUGGGAUACAGGGUGCCCACUAACAGUACUCAAUGCCAGGUCUAGCGGCGGUGAUGCAUCCUCUCAGGCAGAUAAUUCAGAAGAAUGCAAGUCGUAUGAUUUCUUUAUACAGGGUUCGAAGCAAAACACACCGAUAAUGAAAAUGGUGAAUAUCCACGACGGUUUAUAUUACAUCCAUUUCCAAUCAACUCUAUCUGCACUACAGUCUUUUGCUAUAGCUGCUGCAAUUAUUCAUUCUCGUAGCCCUUCUCUACGAUCCAAAGUGUACAGGAGUUGAGGCGACAAAGUUCAGGUUUUAGUUUGCACAAAAUACAGCUUUUACGCAUGUUUAUUUACCAUGUGUUAGUAUGCUAAUUCUUUUAUCAUGGGAAUUGGUUUCUCUAAUGCCAAAUUGCUUCUAUUUUCGAGGUUACUUGGCUCUGAUGUAACAAAUAUAUCUGCUGCUGUAUUCCUGGCAUAGUGUUACUUUAGGUCAACAUACAGAUUUCCUUCACUGGGAUAUGAACAUUGAAUCCUAAGUUCAGUCAGUUAUCUGCAUAAUAUUACAACGAAAAAUUAAGUUCGAUUACCAAUAAAUUUAGGGUUCUCUACA